AUGCAGACCGAGGCAGCGGUGACGAGGCGACUGUUCCAAAAGGUUCCAAAAGAACUCAACACCUCCACGGCUUCGAAAGAGCUCAACGCCUCCACCCCCAGCAUCAUCAGCAGCUGCCACAUCUUCAUCAGCGCCAUCAGCAUAUACAGCACCACCAGCAGCAGUGGAUACAGCCGCAGCAGUGGCUGCUCCAUCAUCUUCAGCAGCAGCAGUGGCUGCUCCAUCAUCUUCAGCAGCAGCAGUGGAUACAGCAGCAGCAGUGGCUGCUCCAUCAUCUUCAGCAGCAGCAGUGGAUACAGCCGCAGCAGUGGCUGCUCCAUCAUCUUCAGCAGCAGCAGUGGCUGCUCCAUCAUCUUCAGCAGCAGCAGUGGAUACAGCAGCAGCAGUGGCUGCUCCAUCAUCUUCAGCAGCACCUUCCCCACCUACAGCUCCCGUGAAGCUUCCCCCAUUACUCCAGGCUACAGUCAGGCCUGUACUGGGGGUUCCUCAACCACCUCUGUCUCCACCAAAGACUCCCUCAUCACCUUCCAUGGACCCGGCUUGGGUCCCCCCCGCUACAUCCACUCCAUCUAG